AUGGAUAGAACUGAGUAUGACCAAAAAUGUUUAGACAUGCUGUCAACACCAACUUACGCAACCAAACCUAUAGACCCUUCGCCACAUUAUGAAAAGAAAAUCAGUCAAGUUUAUUUGAAUCUCAAGAAGGCAAAUAAAUUAUCGGAACAGGAAUACAGAACAAUUAUUCCUCGUUACUCAUCAACACCAAUUUUUUAUGGACUUCCUAAAGUUCAUAAAAAGGAUAUACCAUUACGACCAAUUGUGGACUUUCAACGCUCACCAUCUUUCAAACUUGCCACUUAUCUUAACACCAUACUUAAGACCAUUUCGAAGAAAAAAUAUGCCAUCAAAAAUUCAUAUGAAUUUGUGGAUCGAAUUAGUACUGUAAAAGUCAAACCUGGAUAUAUCCUAGUCUCCUUCGAUGUGACCUCAUUAUAUACAAAUGUUCCUCAACAACAUACAUUAAAUUACAUUAAGAAAAGAUUAAAGGAAGAAACAAAAUGGAAACAAAUUACAAAUCUAGAAGAAGAAGACAUACUCCAACUUCUCAUGUUAUGUCUGGAAUGCAGCUACUUCUCAUUCCGGAACAUAAUUUAUUAUCAAAAAGAUGGCGUCCCAAUGGGUUCCCCGGUUUCACCAAUUUUUGCAGAUCUAUUUAUGGAGAGUUUGGGAGAUGAAAUUGUUCCAUCAACUCCUUUCAUCUCUUACUGGAAUAGAUAUGUGGAUGACAUCUUUGCUAUCAUAAAGGGAAGAAAAUGUAAUGACAUCCUCAAUAAAUUGAACAAUAUCAACGCUUCUGUUAAUUUCACAAUGGAAAUAGAAAAUGAUGGCAAGUUAGCUUUCCUAGAUGUGGACUUAUCAAGAAAUCCGGAUAACACACUAUCCCGUAAAGUCUACCGCAAGAGCACACACACUAACCGUUAUCUGCACUUCUCAUCAUAUCAUCACAUUUCACACAAAAUCUCUGUAGCGGAUGCAUUAUUAUAUAGAGCCUUCAAAAUAUGUGAUGUCCAAUCCAUUGAAGAAGAACCUAACCACAUAACAAAAAUGCUAAGGAACAAUGGUUAUCCAGCGUCCCUCAUUCAAAAAAGACAGACCAAGAUGAAAGAAAAACUGCUUAAUUUCCAACAAAAUCUUAAUCAACUAAAUGAUCCACCAUCACGUUUUGUCCUUCCCUAUCUAGGUCCAGUUACAAGUAGACUGACAGAUUUCCUUAGAAGGAAGACCAAUUUUGAAUUCGGUUACACCCCAGGAAUUAAAAUCAGGACGCUCCUCAGCUCCCAUAAGGACAAAAAACCAAAACGGUCCUUCGGAAUCUACCGAAUUCCAUGUCAUGGUUGUCCUGACCAAUAUAUAGGAGAAACAAAACGGACCCUGGAUAUUCGAGUUAAAGAACAUAAAAGGGAUCUCAGGAAGAUGACCGAAACCUCAUCCUUUGUCCAACAUGUAACAGACAACCCAAACCAUCGAAUCAACUUUGAUGAUGCAAAGAUCAUUCAUUUCGAGGCCAGAUACUUCGCCAGAAAAUUCAAGGAAGGCCUAUACAUCAACGCUAAACAGCGAGCAAUGAAUCAAAAUGAUGGAAUGCAUCUCAAUCCAAUUUGGACUCCAACUCUCCUUCCUUUAUUAUAA